CGCGCGCCCCGCGGCAGAGGCGGAGCGCUGCCGGCACUCCCGCGUCCCGCCGGGCCCCCCGCGCGCUGCUCCUCCGCUCUAUGGUCACCGUAGAGAUCCACGGCGGUGGCGGAUCAAUACUGGGACGGCGGCGGCCGUGGCGCCGUGGGGAGCAUGGCGACGCUGGUGCUGGAUAACGGCGCCUACAACGCCAAGAUCGGCUACAGCCACGCGAACGUCAGCGUUAUUCCCAACUGUCAGUUCAGGUCAAAGACUGCACGCUUGAAAACCUUUACGGCAAAUCAACUGGAUGAAAUUAAGGAUCCCUCUGGUCUUUUUUAUAUUCUCCCCUUUCAGAAAGGUUACUUGGUAAACUGGGAUGUUCAAAGACAGGUUUGGGAUUAUCUCUUUGGAAAAGAAAUGUAUCAAGUGGAUUUUGUAGAUACCAAUAUUAUUAUUACUGAACCUUAUUUUAACUUCAGUUCAAUACAAGAAUCUAUGAAUGAAAUUCUAUUUGAAGAAUAUCAAUUUCAAGCAGUUCUAAGAGUAAAUGCUGGAGCUCUUAGUGCACACAGGUAUUUCCGGGAUAAUCCAUCUGAGCUGUGUUGUAUCAUCGUGGAUAGCGGAUACUCCUUUACCCACAUUGUACCUUAUUGCAGAAGUAAAAAGAAGAAAGAGGCAAUCAUCAGGAUUAAUGUUGGAGGGAAACUCUUAACAAACCAUCUAAAGGAGAUCAUCUCUUACAGGCAGUUACAUGUUAUGGAUGAAACACAUGUAAUUAAUCAAGUGAAAGAAGAUGUAUGUUAUGUUUCACAAGACUUUUACAAAGACAUGGACAUUGCCAAAUUGAAAGGAGAGGAAAAUACUGUAAUGGUAGAUUAUGUGUUGCCAGACUUCAGCACAAUCAAAAAAGGAUUUUGUAAGCCAAGGGAAGAGAUGGUGUUAAGUGGAAAAUACAAGACUGGUGAACAAAUACUUCGUCUUACAAAUGAAAGAUUUGCAGUUCCAGAAAUACUUUUCCACCCUUCGGAUAUUGGUAUUCAAGAGAUGGGAAUUCCUGAAGCCAUUGUUUAUUCUAUUCAGAAUUUACCUGAAGAAAUGCAGCCUCAUUUCUUCAAGAACAUAGUUCUGACUGGGGGAAACACCCUUUUCCCAGGCUUCAGAGAUCGGGUUUAUUCUGAAGUUCGAUGUCUUACUCCAACUGACUACGAUGUUUCUGUUGUUCUUCCUGAAAACCCUAUUACUUAUUCUUGGGAAGGUGGGAAGCUCAUUUCUGAAAAUGAUGAUUUUGAAGACAUGAUAGUAACUAGAGAAGACUAUGAAGAACAUGGACACAAUAUCUGUGAAGAGAAAUUUGAUAUAUAGGUAGCAUAGUUGGAUAUGUUAUUCCAUUGAUUUACUUAGAAUGGAAUUCUUUUAGCUACAACUACUUUUCCAUCAGCUAGGAUUGUGUUUUAGCUUUCCUGUAUUGAAUUAGGUUGAGAAAAAAUAAUUCUAAGAGUUUAGAAAUAAAGUUUUACAAGUGUAAUACUAUGAAGCAAUAUGUUCAUUGCUAUUUCAUUAUGUUUGUAUCUUUUCUGAUAGCUUCAUUGUAUUUUUAUUGCAGAACACCUCAGUGCAUGAGGCAAUAAAAAUAUCAAAUGCUUGUA